GACUAACCUAACACAUGCCAAGGUGAGAUGACUUACCAGUCCAAUUCGAAUUCUGCUGUAAGAUUUUGCUAGCUAAACUAUUAUUAGAAAAUUUUCUCAGACUGUCUCCUAACCUUGGUUAUUUAGUUUUGUACAAAUAACAGAUGGCAGACACCGGAACCGGGUCUGACUAACAUGACUUCUGAAAUCCUCCUGUACACUUUAGUCCAAUGUUCAGUUGGAACUAGCUUGAGAUCAAGGAGAUAUUAGUAUGGUGACCAAAUCUUCACUCUGUUUCAGAUUUUGAAGGAAGAUUGUACUUAUCACCUAAUAAUUUGAAAGACAAAAUCCAGGUCUUUGCAUCUUUCAGCAAUAGUAUGUUGAUGAGAGCAGUCGCUGUAUGUCCACAGCCAAACCGUUGGUUCAUUAUCCUAUCAUAACAAUGUAUUUUCGUCAUAUGGUGGUCUAAAUACAUCAUAUAUAUUGUGGAUGUGGUAAUAAUAAUAAUAGCAACUAUAAUUCACUUGGUAUUGUUUUACUUGAAACUCCCCAUUGAUGUUUUAGGACUGCAAUUGAUCAGUCUCUUCUUGGCAUAUGUGCGUAUGCCUCGAUAUUGCCUUAAUUUACAAGCAUUACAAGCAAAGAUGGAUAGCAACUGUAGUUGUAGUUAAGUGUAGCUCCGUUAUUCACUAAGUUAGUGACUUGAUUUUCAACAACAGGUUGAAACAGCUCAUUAUCGUCUCAGAAAAAUUGUCUUCAGUUGAUGUUAUUUAGAUGUGCCAUAGGUAUUCGUGUAAAUCAGUUUCAUGAAGAACGUUUUAGCAACGAGUUCAAGGUUUUGUGAUUUUUUUAGGAAAUGGCUUCUCGGGUAGCUGCAAAAGUGACUCGCAAAACAAAGGCAGUGGCUGAUUCUAUAGUUCAUCCACCAUUUCUAAAAUUAAUUAUACCAGCACAGCAAGCCCGACCAGCACCACCUUUAGGACCACAGCUAGGUAAACGAAACGUGAACAUCGCUCAUUUCUGUAAAGAUUUCAAUGAAAGAACGAAAGAUGUUGUAGAGGGAACUCCAAUGCCGUGUUUUAUAUCUGUCAAGGCCGAUCGAUCAUACGACUUAGUCAUCAGUCAUCCAUCAUCUAUGCAUUUGCUAAGAAUGGCUGCAGCAGCUAAGAAAGGUGCUUCCUCUCCAGGUACUGAAGUGUGUGGACGUCUUUCUCUUAAACAUAUCUAUCACAUUGCUGAGCUCAAAAAACAAGAUCCACAUUUAUUUACAGCAGAUUUGCAAGAUAUUUGUAAAAUGUUAAUUGGUACAGCACAUCGUUUGGGUAUUGAGAUUGUAACACAAGAUGACAUCGAAUCUGGAAAAGUUGACUACACACCCAGUGGAUAUGCGAAUUUCCUCCAAGAUCGUGAAGCAUAUCUCAAACAGAAAAAAUUAGAGACAGAAACUGCCAAACAAAGCAAAAUGAUGAGAUUGUAAAUCAAUAUCUUGUAUGCAGUAGAAGUAUAGCUUUCCCAACAUUUAGCAGUAUUUUUUAUUGUUAUAAAUUUGUAAAGUCGGCUUAAUAAUGAAAGCAUUUGGUUUUCAACCAACUGAUCGCAGACUACAUAUCCACUGUUUCUAAUUGUUUGGUCAGUGAGAUUACACUACUAACCCUCAUACACACAAUCCAGUCCAAAGAUAUGCCUAAACCUGUACUUAACAAAUAAUUUAUGAUCUUUAAAAUUAGCCCAUUCUUUUAGUAUUAUAUCUUUCUAUAACACUAAAGAUACUUCGUGUCAAUUAACCUAUUAAUUUUGUUUGUGUAAGGC